AUGGCCGUCACAAAUCGCACCGCGGCGCAGGCCUCCACCUCCAACAACCCCUUCAUCAAGAACCUCGCCUCCUCCAACCGCACAACCCGCGACCAAGCGCUCGAAUCCCUGCGCACCUACCUAACGCGCCCUCAGACAUUCACGCCUCUCGACCUGCUGAAACUAUGGAAAGGGCUCUACUACAGCAUGUUCAUGUCCGACAAGCCACGGAACCAACAACGGCUCGCGCGGGACCUGGCAGAUCUGACAGAUUGCUUCACCACCUUUUCCGCGAAAAUCUCAUGGAUGGGAGCGUUCUGGACGACAAUGUCAAGGGAGUGGAAGGGGAUUGAUUCGUUGCGAAUGGACAAGUAUCUGUACCUGAUACGUUGUUAUGUCAACAGGGGGUUUGAGGUGUGUAAGAAAGGGAAGUGGGAAGUGGAAGUGGUGGAGGAGUAUGGAGAGAUGAUGAGCGCUGAUGGUGGGCCGCUGAGUGCGAGAGAUGCGAAAGUGCCGGUGGGAUUGAGGUUGCAUGUGCUGGAUGUGUGGGUAGACGAGUUGGGGAAGGUGGACGUGGAAAGAGCGGCGCCGCUUGGGAAGGUUAUGGAGCCGGUGAGGAAGUUGAGCAAGGACAGUUUGGUCAAGAGCGUGAGAGUGCGCGCGAGAGAGCAGAUUGAGGAUGAGGGGUUGGUGGACGGGCAAGCAUGGGCAGAGCCGAUAGAAGAGGACGAGGAACAUGAAGAGGAAGCCGAAGACAAUGGCGAGUUCGGCGGCUUCGACGAUUGA